AUUUCGAUUUUUUACUUCUUUUUUCCUUGUUAUCUGUGCAGUGUAAUGUUUAUUUCUUGAAAUUUUUAAAAAUCUAUAUUAGUUAUUGAAUUAGAUUUAGAAUUGAAUUAUUAUACUAUAUAGAAAUAUGUUUCUAUCAAGUCGAGCAAAGUUAAAUCAGUGUGGUUAUUUGUUCUUGAGACGGUUUAAAGGUACAUUGGUUAUUGCUGAACAUAAUGAGGGUAAAGUUGUUCCAAUUACGUACAGUGCCAUUACUGCUGCUAAACAGUUAGGAAGUGAAGUUACUGUUCUAGUUGCUGGAACUGAAACAUCUUCAGUUGUUUCUGAAGUUUCUAAAGCUGAAGGCGUUAAUAAAGUACUUUCUGCAGACAAUGAAGCUUUCAAAGGACUUUUGCCUGAAAGCUUAACACCUUUAAUCAUUGCAAGCCAGAAGCAGUUUUCUUUUACUCACAUAGUUGCAGGUGCUUCUGCUUUUGGAAAGAAUUUGAUACCAAGAGUAGCUGCCAAAUUCGAUGUUUCUCCAAUUUCUGAUGUAAUUGGUAUUAAAAAUGCUGAUACAUUUGUACGGACAAUAUAUGCUGGCAAUGCUAUCCAAACACUGAAAGCUAAAGACGCAGUGAAGUUGUUAACAGUAAGAGGGACCAAUUUUGCUGCUUGUGCUUUAGGUAGUAGUGGAGCACCUUCUGAAAAAGCUCCUGCAUGCGAAAUCAAAAAUGAUAUCUCCUUUUGGAUUAAUCAAGAGCUGUCAAAGAGUGAAAGACCAGAAUUGACCAGUGCAAAGCGUGUGAUUUCUGGUGGCCGUGGUUUGAAGAGCGGAGACAAUUUCAAGUUACUGUAUGAACUUGCAGAUAAAUUAAAGGCAGCUGUGGGUGCAUCACGAGCAGCAGUUGAUGCAGGAUUUGUACCAAAUGAUAUGCAAGUGGGGCAAACAGGAAAAAUUGUAGCACCUGAAUUAUAUGUAGCUAUUGGAAUCUCUGGGGCAAUUCAACACUUAGCAGGAAUGAAAGAUUCAAAGACAAUUGUGGCCAUUAAUAAAGACCCUGAAGCCCCUAUAUUUCAGGUGGCAGAUUUGGGUUUAGUUGCUGACUUAUUCAAAGUUGUGCCUGAAAUGACAGAAAAAAUUGAUCAGUACAUCAGUAAAUAAUUUUGGAAAAAAUGUGAACCUUAGAUAAUUUUUUUAUAUAAAUAGGAAGUAUCUUAUGGCGUCUUUGAUAACUUCCUUUUAAUAUUAUACAAAGAAUAUUUUUUAAUUUAACAUUAUUUGAUGUGAUGUUUCAGAUUUUUGGGCAAUGUACAGACAUGCUCACCUAAAGAUGGGUGUGUCAUUUAAUUAAAGUAUUUUGUAAACAAUAUGAUAUCCAGUAUGUUUUCAUGACUCAAUAAAUAUAUAUAUUUUUUUUUGCA